AGUUAUUGCUGUAAACUGUUUUUCAAUGAAUACACAACAUGAAAAAUAAUCCUAAGAAAUUAAACUUCACCUAAAUCAACCACAUAUUCAGAUGGCUACUUCCAACUAGUUAGAUUUCAUUCUGGAAGCAGUCAGAAUUAUACCGGCGAAGUAUUAGUCGUAUCGUUCAUUGAACUACAGAUUUUUAGUGUGCUGCCAUGGGAGUACACGGACUGUGGAAACUCCUUGAGAGCACCGGGAAACCUAUUAAUCCCGAGACUUUGGAGGGAAAGAUUCUUGCUGUCGACAUCAGUAUCUGGCUGAAUCAGGCGGUGAAGGGCGUGAGGGAUCGCGAGGGAAACAGUGUCCAGAAUGCUCAUCUCCUCACUCUCUUCAACCGACUCUGCAAGCUCCUUUUCUUCCGCAUUCAACCCGUCUUCAUUUAUGAUGGGGAUGCACCGCUUCUUAAGAAGCAGACUCUGGCCAUUCGUCGACAGAGGAAAGAAGAAAUGAGCAUGGAAUCUAAGAAGACCAAUGAGAAACUGCUCAAGACAUUCCUGAAGAGACAGGUUAUCAAGGCUGCGCUUGGGAACGCAAGUCAAGAGGAGCUGCCUAGUAUUUCAUCUGUGAGAAGAGAGGAAGUUGAUGACAUUUAUGUGUUGCCGGCCCUAGAAAAGGAGACAAACAGUUCUGAGGAUGAAGCAGAAAUGGAGUGGGAAGAGAGCCUGCAGAAUCGACGUAGGUUACAGGAGGAGAUCUUUAUGAACCCCAACUCUAUGGACAUUGACUCAGAGGAUUUCACACAACUGCCAGCAGAGGUCAAACAUGAGAUCCUGACAGAAAUGAAGGAGUUUAGCAAGAAACGUCGGACCAUGUUCCAGAGACCCCCAGAGAAAUCCAAGGAUUUCUCCCAGUACCAGCUGGCCGGCUUGCUGAAGCGGAACCAGCUUAACCAGCGUUUGGAGGGUGUGGAACGGGAGAUGGCACAACGGGGCUUCAGGCCAUUGGAGGAGGAUGAAGACGGGGGCCGCAGUGUGGAGACCCGUGCCCUGGUAUCAGAGGACACCACCCACUACAUUCUCAUCAAAGGAUCAAAGGACAAGGACAAACUUCCAGAGAAGGAACUGGCUGUUCAACCUUGGUCCACUGGUACCACAGCAACAAAAGUGAGGCCAGAACCACUCUGGCGCCCCCUCUCAGAAAACAGUCCUGAAAAGAGGCCUCAUUCCCCACCUGUUAACACUCUCACUCCAGAUGCUGCGCCUCUUUCAUCGCCUCCACCCUCCCCACCCAGUAACACUUUUGCCGCAGAAGCUGCACCUCCAUCACCACGGACCCUGAAGGCCAUUCAAGCAGCCAUGAUGAACAGUAGCUCAGAUGAAGAAAGUGGAGACGUCAUAAUACUUGGGGAACAUCACCCCAGUGAGCUGCUGUCACCUCGUACCAUGUUGGCUAUCCAGCAAUCUCUGAAUGAAGACCUAGCAGAUACUACCAGCCUGGUUGGCCACUCCAGUGAAGAUGCCCCGCCCCUCACAUCAAUACCUGUCAAGCAAUCCCUAAACGAGGAGCUAGUAGAUACCACUAGUCUGACUGGCCACUCCAGUGGAGGUGCUCCACCCAUCAUAUCAAGCCCUAUCAAGCAAUCCCUCAAUGAGGAGCUAGCAGAUACCACCAGUCUGAUUGGCCACUCCAGUGAAGAUGCCCCACCCUUCACAUUAGUCCCUAUCAAGCGAUCACUGAAUGAGGAUCUAGCAGAUACCACUAGUCUGAUUGGCCACUCCACAGCUCCCAUCCGGCCAUUAGCUGAUUCCAUCAUUCAUAUCACCAGCUCAGAGAGUGAAAAGGAUGAUUCCGUGGAAGACGAUUGCAAGGUCCUCCACUGUAGCUUAGUAGGGGACAAUAAGGAGAUGACAGAUGAUUCCCAUCUCAUUUCCACAGUCUCAAAUGCUGGACCAGUCCCACCAGCCUCUAAGUUUUCUCUUUUAUCUGCUCAAGAGGAAAUAAAAUUGCUAGAUCAGAUACAAGAAUCAAAACCAGAAUCAGGAUCCACCUCAUCUCCGAUCUGCUUCGUUUUGGAUAAGGACAAUGCCAAAGACGACAUGAUGAGGUCGGAAUGUCAGCCGUCACAUCCUGCCCAGUAUCCUUUACCCAACAGACAGGAAGUGACCUUUGACCCAGGAAAUAGCACUGAGGAAAGCCCAACCAAUGUCAAGGAAGUUGUUGAAAGUGAAGCUGUGAAUGUAGAAAGUGACUCUGAAGGUAGCUUCAUCGAAGUGUCAGAUAUAGAGGAGGAGGGAGAGGAGAAUGGCAGUGUGGAGGAAGAGGAGAAUGGCAGUGUGGAGGAAGAGGAAGAUGAGACUCAGCAGGGGGGACGUCCAGCAGGAACUGAAACUGACGUGGUGGAACAUGAGGCCAAGCAGUCUCAGGAGACCCGUGCUGAAACGGCUAAGGGAGAAUGGGAGCAUGUGGACCUGGAGGAGCUGUUGCAAUUGGAAACAUCAUUGGAGUCCCAGGAGAGCACCCUAAAGGCUCAAAAACAGCAACAGGAGCGUACCGCCACUACAGUCACAGGACAGAUGUACCAGGAAAGCCAGGAGCUGCUCCGCCUCUUCGGCGUGCCUUUCUUGGUGGCGCCCAUGGAGGCCGAGGCGCAGUGCGCCGCACUGGAGCAGCUGGACCAGACCCACGGCACCAUCACCGAUGACAGUGACGUCUGGCUCUUCGGCGCUCGGCACGUCUACAAGAACUUCUUUGCUCACAGCAAAUACAUAGAGCAGUACCAGUACCUGGAUAUUAAGAACCAGCUCGGCCUGGACCAGGCUAAGCUGAUCAACCUAGCCUACCUUUUGGGCAGCGACUACACAGAGGGUGUUCCGGGCGUGGGCUACGUCACCGGCAUGGAGAUCCUCAACGAAUUUCCUGGGAGAGGCAUGGAGCCGCUAAUAAGCUUGUUCGAGUGGUGGUCCCAGGCCCAGGAGAACAUGAAGGUGGCUCCCAACCCAAACGACUCCAAGGUGAAGAAGAAGCUGAGGAGCAUCCAGCUGCCGGCCGGCUUCCCCAACCCCUCCGUGGCGCAGGCCUACCUGCAUCCCACCGUGGACGAGUCGCGCGCGGCCUUUAGCUGGGGCCGCCCACAAAUAGAGCUCAUUAAAGACUUCUGCCUGAGUCGCUUUGGUUGGAACAGCAGGAGGACAGAAGAGGUUCUGCAACCUGUCAUGAAGAAGUUGAACAUCCAGCAGACACAGCUCCGGAUCGACUCCUUCUUCCGCCUGGAGCAGCAGGAGCGGCAGGCCAUCCAGAGCCAGCGGCUGCGACGCGCCGUCACCUGCCUCAAGAGGAAGGAGCAGGAGGAUGAGGAAGACGGGGGGAAUGAUGAAGGCUGCCCACCGUCUAAGGCCGAGAAAGCGGAUGUGGAGGGGACUCGGGAUGAGGGGUGGGCUGGGGGGUUUAUGGUCAUGGCGGACAGUGUGCCUUCCUUGGGGGGAGAGGAGGAGGGGUGUGGAAUUAUGCAGUCGGAGGAACAGCCCCCAACACCUGAGGCCAAGCCCAAACUCAGUCCCCUGAGGGCAGGGCCAGGCAGCAGCAGCAGCUCAGGGGACGACAGUGAUGCUGAUGUCAGGGUCACCAUGGUUACCGCACGUUCCGUCUUUGAGAACAAGCCACGGGGUCGGGGUAGGAGGGGGGUACGCGGGAAGAACCCACGAAAGCGAUGAAAGGGGCACCGUUUCUUUGUGAUGAUAAAAUGAUAUUCCUGCGAGGUACCUUCUACGGCCUCAGUGUGCUGAGCAUCAUGGCCACUCUGUCAUGGUAAUAAUCUGUAAUAAUCAGGAAUAGCUGAAGAACUUUGUCAGGUAUGGAUUACUGUAAGUGCAGGUGCACAAUGACAGCUCAAUGAUGAAAUUGUACAGUUGUACCACGUCCUGAUUUUUAAAAUCACAUUCAUGUUUGUAUGCUUUCUACAACACAAUGGAACAAUGAAACCUU